CAUUACUGUCAUCUUCGUAUUAUUUCUUUUUUGUGUCAACUCGUGAAGCAUAAGGCUUGAAAAUGGUCAACGGUCGGAUACCGUCGGUACAUUCAAAGACGUACGUCACCCCCAGGAGGCCUUACGAAAAGGCUCGCUUGGACCAGGAAUUGAAAAUCAUCGGAGCCUUCGGUCUCCGUAACAAACGUGAAGUAUGGAGGGUCAAGUACACGUUGGCUAAAAUCCGUAAAGCUGCCAGAGAACUGCUUACAUUGGAAGAAAAAGACCCCAAAAGGUUGUUCGAAGGUAACGCGCUGCUGCGUCGUUUAGUAAGAAUUGGAGUACUCGAUGAGAACAGGAUGAAGCUCGAUUACGUGUUGGGCUUGAAAAUCGAAGAUUUCUUGGAGAGACGUUUACAAACACAAGUAUUCAAAUCCGGUCUCGCUAAGUCCAUUCACCACGCUAGAGUUCUGAUUAGGCAACGCCACAUCCGAGUUCGCAAACAAGUAGUGAACAUCCCAUCUUUCAUUGUGAGAUUGGACUCCCAGAAACACAUCGACUUCUCGCUGAAGUCUCCAUUCGGUGGUGGCCGACCUGGCAGAGUAAAGAGGAGGAACCUCACCAAGAAGAGUACCGGAGCUGCUGCUGAAGAAGAGGAAGAUUAAGCAGGAUUAUUUCGUUACAAUAUGUGAAUAAUAUUGUAAUAAAAUAUAUUAAGAUUUUUUCAUCGUU